UAUAAAAUAUCCUUUUCACUUCUGCUUCUUUCCUUGUCUGACGUCUGACUCUGUAUUCUUGUUUUGGUAAACCACUUCUGGUUACCAAAAUACUCACCUCUUCUUUCAGCGAAGUCACAAAAUAUAAACCAGCAGAGAGACCUAACCAUAUCGAUCUUCUAAACUCUUACAUUAAGUUCCUUUUUUUUUCCUAUCCUGGUGUCUCUCUCUCUCUCUCACUGCAGGAGCUAAAAGAAAGAAGUGCCCAGAACAGAGUAAAUGAAGAGGUCCCCUGAUUCAUCAUGCUCUUCUUCUUCAUCUUCUUCCUAUUCUUCCUCUGCUUCAUCUUAUUGCUUGUGCUCUGAUACUCCUCCCAAUUAUCAUCUAUUAAGAUCACAGCCCAACUCGAAACGUGUUCGAAGAAUUCAAAAGAAGCAAGACAAAUGCCAGAUUAAUGCUAUCACCAGCAGCAGAAGAAGCUCCAUUUACAGAGGAGUCACCAGGCAUAGAUGGACAGGUAGGUUUGAAGCUCAUCUAUGGGAUAAGAGUUCAUGGAAUAACAUUCAAAACAAGAAGGGAAGACAAGUUUAUUUGGGGGCGUAUGAUAAUGAGGAAGCAGCUGCUCAUACCUAUGAUCUUGCUGCCCUAAAGUAUUGGGGACCAGAUACAACAUUGAAUUUUCCGAUAGAAACAUACUCUAAGGAGCUUGAAGAGAUGCAGAAGAUGAGCAAAGAAGAAUAUUUGGCAUCUCUCCGACGGCGAAGCAGUGGCUUUUCUAGAGGAGUGUCUAAGUAUCGUGGCGUGGCUAGGCAUCACCACAAUGGGCGGUGGGAAGCCCGAAUUGGACGAGUUUUUGGCAACAAGUAUCUUUACCUCGGAACUUAUAAUACACAAGAGGAGGCUGCGGCAGCAUAUGAUAUGGCUGCAAUAGAGUAUAGAGGAGCAAAUGCUGUUACCAAUUUCGAUAUCAGCAAUUACAUAGACCGCUUGAAGAAGAAAGGUAUCCCUUUAAAUCACAUCCUUCCGGCAGACCCACUUCUCAACUGCUCCAUUGAGUCGGAAGAAGCAGCCGCCGAAGCCGAUGUUGAACAAUCGUCAUCACCAUCAUCACCACUGCCACCACAAGAAGAAGAACAGCAGACAGCCUCACCAAAACCGCAAUGCACACAGCUUCCAACAUGCAUGGACACUUCAACGAUGAUCGUUAUGGACCCGAUCGAAGAGCAUGAGCUUAAUUGGAGCUUUUGUUUAGAUUCAGGAUUGACUCCUCUGCCAGUGCUUGACCUUCCACUAGAAAAUGCCAGCAAGUUACCAAGCUUGUUUGAUGACUCAGGCUUCGAAGACAACAUUGACUUGAUAUUUGAUGCGUGUUGUUUUGGAAAUGAUGGGAACCGAUGUGGAGUCUAGGGGAGCAUGGAAAAGGAAAAUGGGAACUAGAGGCUGUCUUGUACUUCAAGUUCUCCAUCUUGUUCGACAACCAGCUCGAGAUUGUUUUCUAUUUGAACGGUGAACUGUCGAGGUUAAUUUAUUUUGAGUUUGUUGGUGCAGUCUGUUGUGGGUAUAUGGUGAAAAUAAAGAUUAAUUCGAAAAUGUUCCUUCAA